UCCGAGAGCCCGCGGCAGCAUCCCCGACUGCGCAGCGCCAAGUGAGUCCGCCCAGAUUUGGCAUUCUACCGCUGAAGUCACCAUGGGCGUUUUCCAAAUCCUGAUGAAAAAGAAGGAGCUCAUCCCUCUGGCCGUGAUCAUGACGGUGGCGGCCGGCGGCGCGUCCUCCUUCGCUGUGUACUCCUUCUGCAAGAGCGACGUGAUUAUUGAUCGAAAAGGAAAUCCAGAGCCUUGGGAAAAUGUGGAUCCUAGUGUCCCUCAAAAGCUUUUAACAAUCAACCAAGAAUGGAAGCCGAUUGAGGAGCUGCAGAAGGUCCGCAAGGCCACCAAGUGAGAGCAUUUAUGAGCCCUAAAGAACCCUGGACCCAGCAGCCGUUCCUGAGCCCGAAGCAAACAGAAAGACCCCGUCCCUUCGGGUUUGCCUGUUCCGGACCUUUCAUGGGACGCGGCUGCUGUGCCUGGCUCCGCCUUGGCUCCCCCGUCCCUGAGGACACCACUGCCCAUCACGUGCCUGUGUGACUGGGGGGCACUGAGGCCACCUCUGCUUUCCAGCUCCGAUAACCAGUGCUCCUGGGAGCAGCGUCGUACCCGGUUUUGUGCAGCUGUACGGUUUCAUCCUUGCGGUUGUGUACCCGGCUCCCUUAACUCUCCGCUGAAAACUCGACGUGCUUUUGUUCGUCCUUGUGUGAGUGUAGUGGAGAUGGAAGAGCAGCACUGGAUUCUUUUCUUCAUCUUCGCAGCAGUGAAGGAAUAACCAGCUCUUGGCAGGACUUGGCAGCCCUGAAAGGAUUAAAGCCAGUCUGCCUCUCCCAACGUCUGCUGCUUCCUUAUGGCGAAAACGCGCCAUGGAAUUUAGUGUGGCCGGAGGGAGGCCUGGGUGGAAGGAGGUGCAGCAGCAGCUUGGUGUGCACAGGAGGCGGGAGAGGGGUUCACCCGGAGAACGAUGUCGCAAACGCCUCCGAGACGUGAUGUGACGUGAGGUGACGAGGGAGUGUUCGCAUUUAGGAGCCCGGGUAGGAGCAGUUGGACGGAGGGGGUGUGAGCCGUGCACAUGGGGCAGGGGCCCCCCAAGGUCUGCGGGGUGCUUCUCGGCCCUGCUCCGUGCACAGGGCUCCUUCCUUCCGGUACCGGGCAGGACCCUUCCUGGAUGGGGUCUUCGGAGCCACAGUCAAACAAGGUGGCCCCGAGGGUGUCCCCAUGGACGGCUCGGGGUAGGGGCGAGGGAAGUUGGAGCCGACUCUCCGGGCUGUCUGGCUCUGGGAACAGCGGGCUGUGGUCUCUUCCGCCUCUUUCAUGGCUUUCUCUGGGGAGAAGCGGGGCUGGGGGGCAGGGGACAGGACAAGCUCAGGGGGACUCUGCCCCGAGGCUGCGAUUCGGGGGACCACUCCCUCAGCCCCAGCGACACCGGAGUUUCAAGAUUGUGUUCUUAGCUUUCCCCGAGAUGUUUUAUUGUUCGAAUUUCAGAGUUAGAAAGACGUUGAAAGGACGCUCCCUUUUUAUGGGCCGGCGUUGGGCCCCAUGGCGGUUCCGCGCUGCGCCUGAAGUGAAUUCCUGCGCCUGAAGCUCCCCCUGCACACGGGCCUGAGCUGUCCCCUAGGAACUGGACGCUCCCGUGACGCCGUCGCUCUGCGGAGGUCACCAGCAGCCCGAGCUCUCACAACCGGCCCCAGCCCGAGCCCAGUCCACCGAGCUCAGCGGGUGCGCGGACCCCGUCUCCGCGGCGCACAGGCUCCGGGCCUGCGGACUUGGGUGCGAGAUGUGUGACGCGAGAUGUGCUUGUGUCGCUUGAGUGUUGAACGAGUCACACGUGUGGGGCCCUCGCUGUCCAGGCCUCGGGCUCCGCCGGCCGGGGGUGCCCGAUGGGUUUGAAGCCGGAGAGGAGGUGAAGGCGGGGGGUAGCGGCCCGUGGACGGGGAUCUGUCCCUCCUCGCACACAGAACGGGAAGCGAGUCUUCAGUCGCAUUCCGGAUCACCGAGGGGACCCAAAGACCCCAACCCAACACUCCACCAGCCUCGGCUUCUUUCUGAAAUCCCCCCAUUGUCACGGAGACCCCACUUGGACAGCCCUGCCCCUAGCCGCAGGCUGUGGAGACCCCACAGACCUCCAUAAAUUGGUUAUCAGUACAGUGAGCCUCGCGUUACGACCAGCCUGGCAUUGGAGUUACAACCUGAAUUUCAGUUUUAACAUUUGACCGAAGUGUUGAGUUGCAACCCUACUGUCGGCCACUUGUGCCUCCGGAGGGUCUCAGAUGCAGAUUUAACCCCUGGAGUCCUGGAAGGAACAUUC